CCUCUCUGUCCUUGCUCUCUUCUCGCGAACCUUACCACGUUACUGUUUAAAGCAGCCCCAUUUUCACUCACCCCAUGACCUAAUAAUCAUCCCUGCUUCUUCUUCCUCCUCCUCCAUGUGAUAAACUACUCUUUAGGGUGGCUGCAGAAUAACACGGUCCCCUCUUGCCUAUAUAUAGCUGUAGUGUGCGUGUAUGAAGGCAAAAACAAAUAGAAGAAUGAAAGGUGUUUGUAGUUAUGCCUCAGAGAAAUAAAAAACAAUAAAAUCUGUGUGUGUGUGAGAGAGAGAGAGGGGGGGAUAGAUAUGAGAGUACUGUGUAGUGAAUGUGAAUAUAAGUGCUGAAGAAAGCUGGAUCUGACUUUGAUCAGAGCGAGAGUAUGAAAAUGAGAACCAUUUGUGGGUGGUGGAUCAGAAGAGGCACGCGAACACAGAGAGAGAUUAAUGACAGAAGAGAGUGAGCACUCUGCUGGAAAUUGUAUGAGUUCAUACACUUGCAGUUGGGUGCUCACUUUUCUUUCUGUCAUAUUCUCGUUUUUCCUUCUCGUGUGUUCCUUCUUCUCCCAGAAAACCAUCCUUUUUCAUGUCUUCCUUUUCACUUCUGGGGCUCUCCUGGAGAGAGAUCCACUUCCAUCUUCUGGUACUAGAGCCAUCACCUUUGACUCUCUCUCAACCAGAUUGCUUCCUUGUGCUCAUCUAUCUUUCUCCGAGCCUCCUUUCAGUUAGGAACGUUACAGAGAAAGCACCGUGAAUGAUAAUAAUAUAAUAUAGCGCUUGAAAUGACAUCUCUAUAGCAGGUCUAGCUAGGCCCCUCGUAAAUCCAAUCCCCACCCGCUUAAAUUCCUUUAUCUCGAUCUCCUAUAACCUACUAGUCCUAGUGUCUAAUCCGAUCUGAUUUCUGAGAGACCAAAGAAGAAGCGAUAAUUAGCACUGGACUACGUGCUGUCUCUCUCUCUCUCUCUCUCUUUUUCAAAGUUUGAGUUCCUGGAGGUAAGAGCGAGCGUGUGCAGACUUCUCUUUCUCUGUAUCUGUUUAUGAUCUGAUCCUUAUCUUUUUAUGUAAUUAAUCUUUUUUCCCUUGUCUCCCUAUAAAUUAAUUAAUACCUGAAGGUGCUAAAUUUUUUUGUCAUUUUUUUUAUAUUGUUUUGCGUGACUUUUGAUGGUACUCUCUCCUUCCGGGAAGUAGAAACAGAAGACCCGAAAGAAAUUCUUGAAGUUAAAAGAACCUUGUUUUGCCCAUCUGAAAAGCUUGAAUCUUCCUGGCCUUAUUGUGAUCUCCUUCUCUCCUUAUAUUCGAAAACUUCGAGAAAGGAGCGAAAGAGGGGAAAUUUGUAUGAAGAACAUAAGACAACAGGGAAAAAAAUCGAAGCUUGGAUAAUGCAGAUUUAAUGAUUUUUCUCGUAGAACAGUGGGAUUUCUGAUUUCCGUAGAGUUUGGAGGAAAAAGGAAAGUCUUGGGAACGUGGAUCAAGCAGCUAAAUAUGGGAAGAUUUUGUUCUUUCCCUUUCUGGGGUGGAAUGCAUUUAUUAACUGCCUUAAUUGAAGGAUUCACAGAUGCGAUCUUCCUUUUACAGGAAGCAGAAACUUGCCUCACCCACUUCCUGCAGUAUAAUUGCUCAGCAGAAUUGGGAUGGAAGAGAACAUAUCAAGCAAGGAAUCAAGUGGUGUGGACAAUGUGAGCACAGAAGGUUUGGAUUCAAACGGCAAUUGUUAUCCCGCCUAUCCAAACAAACAUUUAGGACAUUGCAGCAAGGAAUCCGAUAAUAAAUUCAAGGGCAUUAUGCCUCCGCAGAUUGGGAGCUGGGGUUCUCAGGUAUAUGCUAAUGGCCAUCAGAUUUGGCUUGGGACCUUCACGUCUGAAAAGAAACCAGAGAUGGCUUAUGACAGUGUGACUAUCCAACUUUGCUGUGGUGAUUCUCACCAGAAUUUUCCUCAGACUAAUGUCAUUGUUAAGGAGCCAAACUUCCAGAACCAAUACUUCCGAGAAGCUGCACCUGAGAUGAUAAGAGGUGGUUCAUGCCAACCAAGAUUCCGAGGACUUGAUGGGGAUAAUUGUGGAAACACUGAAUCAGGUACUUGUGGUCUCAACCAUUUUGCAAUGCAGAAAAGAGGUUGCUUCUCAUGUAAGCUACUUUUCCGAAAGAUGCUGACACCAAGCGAUGUGGGUAGGUUGAAUAGAAUUGUAAUCCCCAAGAAAUACGCCACCACAUGUUUCUCUGAUAUCUCUAGAAAAAUGGAAGAAGAUGCAAAAUCCAGUGAGCUUGCCGAUGUGCAGGUAGAUUUCUUUGACAGAAUGAUGAGGUCUUGGAAGUUCCGGUACUGCUAUUGGAAGAGCAGCCAGAGUUAUGUGUUCACAAGGGGUUGGAGCAGGUUUGUGAAGGACAAGCAGUUGAAGGUUAAUGAAGUUGUUGCCUUUUACUUGUGUGAAGUCCAAGGGGAAGGAAAAAUAGUGAACAAGUUCUUCAUGAUUGACCCUGUGAGAGGUGAAGACUCUUCUGGUAGUAGCAGCGGCUCAGUGAUUGAAGUUGCUGAUCACAAUUUUUGGUUGAAUCAACCUGAAAUGUUCUCCUCAGUAUUUGAAAGUGCUUCUUAUCACCAUGUUGAGUUGACGAAACCUGAACUGUGCUCUGAUGUUGAGAAGAGGCUUGGAAAGCAAGUGGUGGAUGCUGACCCACCGAGCAAUGUUGAGAGGAAAGGUUUUAGACUCUUUGGGGUCCAAAUCGACUGAAGCAGGUCUUCUGGUAUUAUGACGUACGAUAUAUUACUAUAAAGUUAGGGUUAGUAAUCUCUUUCCCUAAUCUGAUAAUAUAUUUAUAAGCAUGCCUCAUACUUAGUUUUUGUGAUAUGGGGUUUGGCAUUUCUUCUUAUUAGAGCAUUCAUAGCGUCGCUCAGGUACUUGGCAAACCGUUAGAAUGAUGUAAUUAUGGAUUAUUAGUUAAUCUAACUUAUAAUUUGCUAAAUUA